AUGCACAUACUGUUGAAUCAUAUGUUGUCUUUAGCAGAUGAAUUAAAUGACAAAAAGUUAAAUCAUAAGUUAUCUUUAGAAGAUGAACUAAAUGACAAAGAGGGUGAAGAUCCAAUUUCUUUUGAUGAUGCAAAUCAAAAGGGAGUAUGGAAAGAGGCAAUGAAAGAUGAAAUCAAGUCAAUUGAAGAAAAUAAAACGUGGGAGCUUACUGAAUUGCCACCACAUAAAAAAUCUAUUGGAGUGAAGUGGGUUUACAAAACUAAGAUGAAUCUCGAUGGCACAAUCAACAAGCACAAGGCAAGGUUGGUCGCGAAAGGAUAUAAGCAAAAAGAAGGAGAAGAUUUCAGGGAGGUGUUUGCUCCAGUGUCGAGGCUUGAAACUGUUCGAUUACUCAUUUCUCUUGCUACCCAAAAUAAUUAG